AUUCCGCAACAAUCGAUAACACCGCAACCACCGACGCUGGCAACUUUAUCGCAUAAGCACAAACUCGACGACCAUCGCUCUCAAAUAGUUGUCUUGAAAUGGGUAUGGAGAACGGUCGGAGUCCAUAACGACCCGGUUUCCGUCAUUCAUUGGGUGAAGUGAGGUGCAAGGGCAGCACAAGGGGCCAUACGGACUGCGCAGCAACGGCGGCUAUACAGCUUGCGGACACUUUACAGACAAGCAAGGCUGCUGCGCAACUGCAAGGCCUUGUGCGACGGUGCCGCAGGCCUGUACGAGGGCGGUCUCGUCACGCUUCGGUCUUCUACGUUUCCUCCACCACUGCCACCAGUCGUGAGCUCACCAAACAUGGAAGAGCCACCUCUCGUUGAUACGGGAAUACAACACGGAACCCACGAUGUACAAACGCCAACACUCAUGUCACCUCCAAGGAGUAAGACCCCGCCAACAAUCAUUGGCAAGCGGUCGCACAGCGGACAAGCUGCAAAUGGACCAGGGCGAGGCGGAAGUGAGCCGGUGAGCGCAACGGCGCUCAACAAGGCGCUACAACAUAUGGAAGGUGCAGGCCGGGCUCGCAGCAUAACACCAAGCGGCAGUCCAAGUAGGAAGCGACAAAAGGUGCAUGGUGGAGGCGACCGCUUCAUCCCGAAUAGAGCUGGCCAAGAUCUACAGGCGAGCUACAGCUUACUGCAUGACGAUGGCUCACCGGCGACACCAUCGAAAGCUCACAAGAAGACGCCAAGUGAUCUCCACUUCCAGAAGCGGGAGGCAAACCGAACCUAUUCCAAUAUACUCAGGUCGGAGAUGUUUGACGAUGAGGUACCACAGGCGAUUCCACAACAGUAUGACACAUUUGGGACGAAGACCAGAACGCCGCCGGCGAAUGCCUCAGUGCUCUCAGGACCUAACCUGACGCCGUCAACCCCGCACAAGAACCUCUUCUCAUACGGAGCAAAUCCGACGCCUUCACUGACGCCUCGAUCAACCUCGCGCACUGAGCGAGGGCCAAACAUUAAUGCUCGGUCGGAGAUCUUCAGCCUGUCCCCAGUCAAGCAUUCCUCACAAACAAUGCUACUUUCUCCGCGAAAGACGCCACGAGCGGUAAGUAAAGUGCCGUAUAAAGUUCUGGAUGCGCCAGACUUACAGGACGACUUCUACCUUAAUCUGGUAGACUGGGGCUCUACGGACGUACUGGCUGUAGGACUUGGACCUAGCGUUUACCUCUGGAACCGAGAGUCGGGCAAGGUCAACCAACUCUGCCAGCUAGAAGGCGACACAGUGACCAGUGUUAGCUGGAUACAGCGAGGCUCGCAUCUAGCAGUGGGUACGUCAAAAGGCCUUCUACAGAUCUAUGAUACGGUCUCCGAACGGCGUCUCCGCACCAUGACCGGUCAUAUUGCGCGAAUAAGUAGUCUCGCCUGGAACGCCCAUAUCCUGUCAACGGGCUCUCGGGAUCGUACAAUACUACACCGAGACGUGCGCAUGCCGGAGCAGUAUCUUCGCAAACUGGUAGGUCACAAGCAAGAAGUUUGUGGCCUUAAAUGGAAUCCAGACACGGAGCAGCUAGCCUCUGGUGGAAACGAUAACAAGAUCUUCGUCUGGGACCGGAUGGAGGAGCGCUGGAUGCAUCGCUGGGGCGAGCAGGAAGGCGGGCAUAAAGCAGCAGUCAAGGCCAUCGCGUGGAGUCCACAUCAGCGCGGUCUGCUCGCUUCUGGAGGCGGUACGGCGGACAGGUGUAUUAAGUUCUGGAACACCAUCUCUCAAGCCCAGAACAGCAGCAGUACUGGCAUCAAUGGCGUCUCGCCUGCCGAUUAUACCAGCCUCGGCUUAGGUCUUACAGCGACCUCGCCACUGGUCGAAUCACCACUUUCCCCGAACCAACCGAACCCUCACCUGAUACGAAGCCACGAUACCGGGAGCCAAGUUUGCAAUCUCCUCUUCUCGACCCUUACGUCGGAGCUUGUAUCUACGCACGGCUAUUCCCAGCAUGCAAUCAACAUCUGGAAGUACCCCUCCAUGCAACAGGUGGUUAGCCUGACCGGUCACACCUAUCGUGUGCUGUACCUCAGUAUGAGUCCUGACGGUGCGGUAAUUGUGACGGGAGCUGGAGAUGAGACCCUCAGAUUCUGGGAUGUGUUUGGGAAGCGGGAGAAGGAGGGGAGAAAAGGGAUCGUUGGGGAGUGGGGAGUCAUCAGAUGAGCUUCCACUGCAUGAAUGGUUACACCUCGUGCACGCCGGCCUGCAUGGGCUGCUGGAGCCGACGCUCGCUUUAGCAGUCUAUCUACUGUGUACAGCAUUCACGACUUUCCCGCCCGGCGUAGCGGAACUAUCUUACGUACCUCGAGACAUGAAAAUUGUUGUCGUAACAGCGUCCACCCGCCAUUGAUCAGUCCAGCUUCGUACGCACUCGCUAUGACAGAAUGUGACAACGUGUGUGAGAAAUGAGACUGCGUCGUUAAUAAAGGCCUUGCUCGCAUAGAGGGGCGCGCCACGCCAAGCCAUAGCGG